UUCACUUGUAACACCAGGGAGAUCCCCAUCUAACCCUAUAAGAAGCCGUCCCGCCCGCUUCCAGCAUAUAAUGUCACAGGUUCCGGCCGCGGCUAUCUCGGCCACGACUCCGGACGCUUCGAGAAGGGUGGGGCCAAGUGUACCUGACUCGGCUCCGCCCGCCGAGAAACCCGCGAGCGCCGGGACAUCACACGGAGGGACAGCAUCUUUACCGUCAAGAGACGUAAAACUACGUAGCUGUAUUACGUGCCGUGCGCGCAAAGUCCGAUGCGACAAAUCAUCGCCAUGUUCGAACUGUCGCCGCGGAAAUAUCCCCUGCGUCUUCCCGAGCCUAGACAAGCCACCGCGAUGGGCUCGCAGGCUUGAGCGCGUCGCCAACAGUGCUAAGGCGGCGCAGGAAAGUGAUCCUAGCGUGAAUCAGGUUAUGGAAAGGUUACGAAGUCUCGAGAGCCUCGUCAAGGAGCUGAGUGGGCAGUUGGAACAGGCGCAUGCGAGUGCCCGCGGCUCACCGUCGGCUAACUCUCCCAAGGAUUCGGGUCAUGACCGAGAUACUAAACAUCAUGUUGAAGCUUCGGCGCCAGUCACGAGUAUGUCGAAUGUACAAUCGUCGUUCGGGCGAUUAGUUCUUGGAGAUGCUGGCCAAAGCCGCUAUGUGAGCAGCGGCUUCUGGUCGCGCGUCAACGACGAGCUCCAUGGUCUGAAGAUGGAUACCGAAGGCCUGGCUGGCGGAGACUACAAUAGCUCUGGAGAUGAGGACUCUCCCGGAAAGACUCCCUCGACGCAAGAGUUAGACCGAACACCUUCAGAACGCCAUGCCUUUCUCUUCCGGAACAGCCUUGGCUCCCCGUCACCAGAUCUUCGCGAAUUCCAUCCCUUACCUUCACAGAUACCCUUCCUCCUUAAUGUCUUCUCUGAAAACAUUAACAUCAUGGCGCGCAUCGUUCACAUUCCUACUGUUCAUAGGAUAGUACGGGAUGCGGAUGGCGACUUAUCCACCCUAACGCCGGCCAACGAGGCUUUACUGUUUGCGAUCUACUAUGCAUCCAUAACUUCUAUGGAAGAAGAGGAUGUCAUAACCAACUUCGGCUCUACUAAAUCCGAACUCAAUCUUAAGUAUCGUCUCGCCCUAGAAUAUGCAUUAUCAAAGGCAGAUUUUCUUAAUGUUCCCGACAUAAUCCUUUUACAAGCAUUCGCCAUAUUUCUAUUCCUGCUUCGUCGCCAUGAUAGUCCGCGGUUCGUAUGGAUGAUGACGGGGCUUGCCAUCAGAAUGGGACAGGCCCUUGGUUUACAACGUGAUGGUAGCCGCUUCGCUAACCUUACGCCGUAUGAAGUCGAAAUGCGACGGAGAGUGUGGUGGGCGUUGUGUGCUAUGGAUGUGAGGGCCUCCGAAGACCAGGGCAUGGAUCUUACUAUCACUCAGGGCAGUUUCGACACACGAAUCCCCCUGAAUAUUAACGAUUCCGAUAUCGACACCGCGACAAAGGAAACGCCCAAGGAGCGCGAAGGACUAACUGAUAUGACAUUUUCCAUCAUAUUCACAGGACAGACUAGCGUAACUCAGAAGCUCAUGGCCCUAAGCCUCAAAGAUGGAACGUCACGCGUAGACGAGCAGACCCGGCUCAUAAACGAAUUCUACGAGCAGCUAGAGCGGACGUACCUCCGAUACUCCCACGAGGCCGGCAACAUCGGCUACUGGGUCACGGUCACGAUAACCCGGCUCCUCGUCGCCAAGAUGAGCCUCAUCAUCUACUUCCCCAUCCUCUUCUGCCCACACGAGCACGCCUCCGACAGCGAGGCCCUGCGCGCCAAACUCUUCGUCGCGGCCGUCGAAGUCGCCGAGUUCAACCACGCGCUGAAUGCGGAGCCGGCCUGCCGCAACUGGCGCUGGCUCUUCCAGACGUACACGCACUGGUACGCCAUCGUGUACAUGCUGAUCGAGGCGGCCCGCCGCCCUUGGAGCCCCGCCGUCGAGCGCGCCUGGGUCGCCCUGCACAGUCGCUGGCUUAUUCCCGCCCAGCAGCAGCAGCAUCACCACCACCACGCCGACACCGUCGCCGCCGCCGCCACCGACAACCCCAGCAUGCGCUUCUGGGUCCCGCUGCGCAAGCUCACGGCCAAGGUGCGCCGGCACCGCGACGCCGAGAUCGAGAGGUUGAGGAAGGACCUGCGAGCUGCGAGGGCCUUGGAGACGCAGGAUAGCCAGGCUCAGCAGCCUACUAGCCCGGGGCCGUUCCCGGGCCCGGAUAGCGCGGAGAACUUCCGCGAACGGUGGAGGAGGCUUGUGGGGUUGGAAGAGAGGGCGGGUAAUGAAGGGGGAGGUGGGCUGUCGAGCUUUGCCCGGAUGGCGGAUACUACCACGCCGAGCUUCGGCUCUGUCUCGCAGUAUAGUUCGGGUAUGUCGGCAUCACAACAGGAUUUCGGAUCGUCGUACCUCCAAUCCAGCUUUCCGCAAGGCGGCAGAGUCGCGGUGUCGAAUUUCCGGGGGAAUAGUCCGGGUUUGGACCCGGGUGUGACGACGAAUAUUUCUAAUCAAAUGGAGGCAGGGUCGCAUCAGGCCGGCUCGUCGUACAGCCCCUUCGCUUCAGGCCCCACGGAAUUGGGUCCGGGUUUCGGGGCCUGGUUGUGGGCCGACGCCGACCCGUCGGUCGACGUAUUCGCGAAUAUCGACGUGGAAGCGACGGACUUCAACAUGGAACUCGAUGGUGAGAUCGACUGGAAUGAUUGGGUCGAAUCGGCUAAAGGUUUGGAGUUGUCCGGUGAGCAGCCACCGGGUGGUGGUGGGUGGAUGUGAUUUAUGGUAUUUUCCGUCUUACGCGGGUUACAGUUUAAGGCUCCCCUUUUCUGGUUAACGAUUCUGCAUUAUGGAAUCAGGUAGAUAGGUACCUAUUUUGUCCAACCACAAAUUUCCUGGUAAUUAUCUUGACUGUCAAAUACGAUUUGAGCAGCAUUCUAACAAAGAUCAAUUAAUUAAUAAUACUUAGAUUGUCGUUUUACCCAGGUUCUUAAAUGGAAAAGUUAUUUUAACCC